ACGGCCUGGACUACUUCAGAUCGAGCGCUUGUACCGGACGUGUGCCGGUACCCGUGACCCGCGAGCCAUGGCCGAGUCCCAGCUCGCGUGCAUGGAAGAUGGCCAAAUGACCCCGAAGAUCCCCGAAACGAAGCCUGAGUUUUACUACAGUGAGGAGCAACGCGCGGCUCUGGAGACGCUGCUGCGGGACGGGGACGGAGCCUUUAAGACGCGCCUCACCGAGGACAAGGCCAAGGACUUCCUGUCCGCUCGCGAGAUUAAAGUAAUCAGAAACUCGCUCAUGCAGUACAAAACAAGCGAGGAGGAGGAGAACGAGCAGCGCGCGCAGGGUCGCUCUGCGGACUCUUCCUCUAUGCGCUCCACUUACUGGCCCCAGAUGUCAGACACCGAGGUCCCGCCGCUGGACAUCGGCUGGCCGCACGGGGGCUUUUUCAGGGGGGUCACGCGCGUCACGGUCCACACGCAUCCGCCCAAAGAGAAUGGGCCACACCUCAAAGAGGUCGUGAGGAGGCUAAUCCAAGAGGCCAGCAAGGUUAUUGCUAUCGUAAUGGAUCUCCUCACAGAUCUCCAUAUCCUGCAAGAUCUGCUGGACACAGCGUCCAAGCGCAGGGUGCCUGUUUACAUCAUACUGGACGUUCAGGGAGUGCCGCAUUUCCUUGACAUGUGCAACAGACUGCAGGUCAGCUCUCACCAUCUACAGAACAUCCGCACACGCACAGUGAAAGGCGUAGGAUUCGAGCUGUCCUAUGGGAGGAUCCCAGGGAGCUUGUGCAGCAAAUACAUGAUUGUAGAUGGAGACAAAGUCAUGUUUGGAUCAUACAGUUUCUCAUGGACCUCAUCCCGUAUGGACCGGAACAUGAUCACCGUAAUGUCCGGCCAGAUAGUCGACUUCUUCGACAACGACUUCAGGGAGCUUUACGCAAUCUCGGACAAGCUGGACCUUUUUAAAGAAUUCCACGUUGGGAAGCCAAGCACAGGGACCCUGGGCCGGGUGACUGUCCCCAAGCGGCCCUCUCUGCCUGCCACCUCCCGCUUUCAGGUGAGCCUGGGGGAUUCAGGCACCUUGAAAGUGCCUGAGCACAAAUACUACAACCCUAAAUACCUGCUAGCUUUUGGGAACAUUCCUGGACCCAGUGGUUCCCUGCCUGAUCUCUCUGGUAAGAAGCAGACAGAAGCAUCUCCAGAGGAAUUGGCAUCAGAGAAUAGUCCAACACAGGCGGGCAGUGACAAACUAGACACCCUGAAAAGAUUACCCGCAGAGAGUACAGAGAAAGGAACCAUCAAAAAGCGUUCUUUUUUCAGUAAGAAACAUCAAAGCUCUCAAAAAUCCAAAGGCAAAAAAAAGGAUGAUACAGUAGCAGCAGCAGCAGGUGAGGAAGGAACUCCUAGUCCUUCUACCAGCAGCAAACCUGCAAUGCCCAAUGGCAUAGAGGACCUUACAAACCUCCCAGAGGAACCACCUGUUGAGAACCUACCACCUGUGAAAGAAAAGAGCAAGAAGAAAAGGUGCUCAUCACAACAGACCAUUAACAGCCAGGAAUCAAAAGGCCGUAAACCGUCCAAAAACAAAUGUGUUCAGUCCUGAAGAGCCGGAUGGAACUGUGUGGUUGUUGACCUUAUUCUCAGGUGCUAAAAGGGUUGAACCUGUUUAGAGACAGGCCUUGAUUAUAAGUAUGUGUCAUUUAUUUCUGUUUUUGUUUUAAAGAAGUCAGCUUGCCAUGCUCAGUGCUUAAGUGACAUUAGAAGUGUUGACUGAGGCAGUCUGUCUUUCUUUAGGCACACAUAAAGUAAAAGUAAAAGAAUGUUGCACCAACUGUUUGAAAAGCUGCUAGAUGAGGUUCUAUUGCUGACAGCUAUAUCCUUAGGCUAUACUACCAAAGACUAUACAGUUGGGUACUAUAAGACCAUCUGCAAGCCAUUCGUCCUUGGACAGUUUAUGACCACAGGACUACUGAUUAUUUUUGGCCAUCAGAGCAAAUAAAAUAUGUUUAGUGAUGGUUCUAUGAUGGUCCCUUUCCACUGAUUGUUGGGAUAGAGGGGAGUGACACAUUGUGCAGCUACGGUCAGCAACUGUAAACUUACAAAGUGCCCUUAUAUGGUAGAUGUUUCUGAUAAAAUGGCCAAUAAGUGUAAGUACAAGGUAGGUGUAUCUAAUAAACUGGCAACUCAGUGUAUAUCUGCUGUGAAUGUUAAAUGUAUGCAAAACAGGCAAAUAUCUACAGUAUAAUAGUCAGUAAAUGUUAUGCACACUAUGUUUUAAACCCUCCUUAUAUGGUCUCAGGGGCAAAUCUCAGGCCUUUAGCCAUAGUAUUGGAUCAAAGGCACAUAUGAUCUAGUCUAUAUAUAUAUAUAUAUACAUAUAUACAUUAUAUGUCUAAAACACAUUGAUAUCAAGUGACUGUUCUGUGAAUACUGAUUGUAAUAGAGAAUGUGAGCAAUGGCCUAUGUUGUUGAUGUGAAAAAAAGAUGCAUCAAGUGUGCCCUCUAGUGGUUAAUCCUAUGUAUGUAAAUGUAUGUGUUUGUAGCAAAACAACACAGGUGACAAAAUGAUAAAAAAAAUCCUAAAUAAAUGAGUGAAGGAAUAUAUUGAGUGCAGAUGCUUACAGAUGAAUAUACUGCAUUACACAGUUAAACUUUUAACACCUUAUUAUGCUGCUUAUGUGUAAAAUGCUGAGCAGGCCCAGCUGACGUUGAUUCUGGCUCCAAAUGUCAAGAGGAAAAAUUCCAAGUGCAUUUGAGAGAGGGUUCAGUAUUGGGGUGCGGACGGCAGGAGCUUCAGUCACAAAGUCCGCUCAGCUGGCUGUGUUUCAAAACAAACAGUGACAUCUGCAUUUUAAUCUAUGGGAAAGACAACAGUAAACAGCUCUGGUAAUUGUGGCCGAAAGCCACCCGGUGACUGUAAUGCUCGUGCCUUAUAUGUAAGGAAAACAGAAGAGCAACUGUUCUUCAGGUGACCGAGAAUGCCAAUACAGAACGUGAUCAGAUUGUGCCAGCAAAAACAAAAGGCCAAUGCCAACCCAGAACCCCAGAAGCCCACAUACGGUGGUGAACAUUAAUGUUUAUUGCUUGCUUUCAUUUGUUAUCAGCUUGAGUUAGCCAUACUUUUGACUGCAAUAUUGUAAGGUAUAGAUAAAAAAGGGAAAGUGUGUUCAUAGUAAGGCUGAUGUCUACAAAACUUAUAGAAUCUAUGCCAAAAAGCUCUUCCGGUGGCUCAACACUUUACUAAGUAACACUCUAUGUUGGUGUUUCCUUAAAUUUGUCACAGAUCUGUAUGUGACAGUUCAAGCAUUCUUGUUGUGUUCUACUCAUUGGUGUUUGUGUGAA